UUUGUUUAAACGCUGACCUGCUCUGCUCAAGUUUUACCGAAGGGAACCCGUGGCGGAAUUUCUUCAGCUGAAUUAUUAUAUGUGACUCUGCUGGUUCCAGGGUCAAAGGGCAAGCUGUAUUUAGUAAUGUAUUAAAUUAGUUCCGCGGCUCCAGUAGGACGGCUUGUUUUCUUUGCGCAGUUGUGAAGCGAAGAAAUGUCUGGAUGAGGAAUUGCCAUCACUGAAAAUCACCAAGUACUGUAAUGACUGAAUUUUUCGAGCAGAAUGGCAACUAAGGCACAAGUUUUAUAUGACUUUACUGCAGAACCUGGAAACAACGAACUGUCUGUAAGAGAGGGAGAGACCAUCACCAUCACCAAUCAGAAUAUUGGAGGAGGCUGGAUAGAGGCACAGAAUGCCAGAGGAGAGAUCGGUCUGGUUCCUGAGGACUACAUUGAGGUCGGUAAACCUCAGGCGUUCGCAAGCGGAGGGAACGCCGCUCCAUUCGACCUGUCGUUUUUUGACAGUCACACCGCAGCUCCUGCCGGCACCACACAGGCCCAGGUGGAUUUAGCUCAGCCGGAAACUCCUGACACCCCAGCCCCCACCUUCACGUCCCCCGAUGAGGCAAGUAAUGGCAAUGACCCAUGGGCAGUGUUUGACUCCCACGCCACUGGAGGCUUCUCCAAUAACUGGGCAGCCCAGCCCGAGGGCACGGAGACGGGCCAGAGCAGCAGCGCAUGGCCCUCGACAGCACAGGGGCACCCACAGGCCUAUCAAGGCCCAGGUGCGGAGUUUGACGAAUGGGAUGAUGAGUGGGACGAUGUGAAAUCAUCGGGGGGUUACGCCGAGUCUGAGGCUGGUGAUGCAGGGGCCAUCAACAGGGGCGGAGCCCACGGCUCUUCGAUGAAAAUUUCACUCAACAAGUUCCCCGGCUUCUCCAAAUCAGGUCCAGAACUGUAUCUGCUCUCAAAAAGUGGAGGCAAGGGACCCAGGCUACCUGUCUAUACAGGUGAAGUUGGCCCGGUGUGGGCGUAUCCAGAGACCCAGUUGGACUGCCUGGUAGCAGAUCCCAAAAAAGGCUCCAAAAUGUACGGCCUGAAGAGUUACAUUGAGUACCAAAUCACUCCUAAUAGCACCAACAGACCUGUCAAUCACAGAUACAAGCAUUUUGAUUGGCUGUAUGAGAGGCUUCUGGAGAAAUUUGGUUCAGCAAUUCCAAUCCCCUGCCUGCCCGACAAACAGGUCACAGGGCGCUUUGAGGAGGAGUUCAUUAAGAUGCGUAUGGAGCGGUUGCAGGGCUGGAUGAGUCGAAUGUGCCGACAUCCCAUCGUCUCCAGCAGUGAAGUCUUCCAACUUUUCCUCACCUACAAAGAUGAGAAGGACUGGAAGAUGGGGAAGAGAAAAGCAGAGAAGGAUGAGACAGUGGGGGUGAUGAUCUUCUCCACCAUAGAGCCGGAAGGGUUGCCAGACUUGGACCUCAUUGAAGUGGAGCAGAAGUGUGAGCAGUUCAGUCGUUUCACCAAAUCGAUGGAUGACGGUGUGAAGGACCUGCUCACGGUUGGACAGGAGCAUUGGAAACGUUGCACAGGCCCUCUGCCGAAGGAGUACCAGCGGAUCGGGAAGGCUUUCCAGAACCUGUCCUCUGUUUUCACCAGCAGUGGCUAUGAAGGUGAAGCGACACUCACAGAUGCUCUGACAGACGCAGGGAAGACCUAUGAGGAGAUCGCCCAGAUGGUAGCAGAGCAGCCCAAAAAGGACCUUCACUUCCUUAUGGAGACAAACAAUGAGUACAAAGGGCUCCUGGGAUGUUUUCCUGACACGAUUGGCGUUCACAAGGCUGCCAUAGAGAAGGUGAAGGAGGGAGACAAACUGGUGGCUGCCAGCAAGAUCACAGCAUCAGAGAAAGCAGGAAUGUCCAAGAGAGCCAGCACCAUGUCCUACGCUUUACAAGCGGAGAUGAACCACUUUCAUAGCAACCGCAUCUAUGACUACAACAGGGUGAUGCAGUUGUACUUAGAGGAGCAAGUGAAAUUCUAUGAGACUAUUGCUGCAAAGCUCAGACACGCUCACAGUCAGUUCACCACCAUGUAGAGAUGGUUUUGCCUUACGUGACACACACACACACACACACACACACAAAAAAGCCUUUUCAUCACCAGCGUGUUUUCUCCCACUCCUUCAGCCUCCUCUCUUCCUCUCUCCCACCUCUCUCUUUCACCUCCCCUUUCUCUUCUUGGGCUUUUUCUUUCUUGUUCUUGUUCUUUUUUUUUUGCCUCCUCUGAUCUCUGUCAGUCUUGACAUCAGUAUCGUAAUUCAGUUGUUGGUCUCUGGCCAAAGAUGUGUGAGGUAUGGGGAGGCGAAAAAACACACACACACACACACACGCACACACACACACACACGCACACUUUGAGAGAUGGGUGAAUUUUCUCCAUGAGUAAGUGCACUACGGCCAUACAAACUUCAAACAGUUCACUGGUGUAGCUGUGCCCCUGACAAACACCUGAGCUGAAGUGAGAAACAUGAAGCGCUGGGCUUUUAAAACAGAGUAUUGAACGAACAUCCGUUAAUGGUCUGGAGUGAAUUCUUUUUUUUUUUUCAUCCUUCAUUGAUUUAAGUUCCACGUAGAUUUCAGUGCUUCCACAAAAGCAGCAAUUAAGGAACUAAAAAAUCGAUUUUGUUUCGGUACAUAGUUCUAUUCCACUGCUUUCUCUGUUUUUAUAAUACGAGACCCGCUACCAACGCAAGUCUUAAAAAGAAGAUGGCUGAAUGAAUAGAUGAAUGAAUGAAGAGUUGACUGGAUGGAAUCUCUACGCCACUGCCAGUGACUGUCUGGGCUGUAUCUUGCAGUGCCUGCUCCUCUCUCCGGUUCAGUUUUGAGCAGAUAAACUGCUACCUGUCUCUUGUGCCUUUACAUCUGUGUCUUUCCAACAUCUGCAUGCUUUUAACCUCGUGCACUUAAACACAGAAUUAUCAUACCUGUACCAAAAUCACAUUCUUUGUCUCUCUGUACCAAAAUCAAAUUCUUUGUCUCUGUGUACAGCGAUUUGUCUGAGGUUCCCAAACAGGAGGGCUGGUCCUUUGUUUUCUUUCUUUUUUUUUUUUCUUUUUUUUUUUACAUCACACAAAUUGCUACCAAACACGAGACGGACUCAUUUUCUUUAAAAGCCAAAUGCCUGAAGGCAACAGUAUUGUGCCAAGAAAAAGAUAAAUCUCAGACCAUCGUCAUCGCUUCGCUUUUCAUAUCCAGUACAGUCUUUAUAUAAGGUUUCUUUUUUUUUUCUCUCUCACAUGACAUGGUUAUAUAUGAGAGAUAUAAAUGGAUAUAUCCAAUGCAUGGACUUCAGUCAUCAAUGUGUUAUUUUAUGUAUAGAAAUAUUUGCAAUUCAUUUGCACAGAGACUGCAAAAAAAAAACCUCUCAGUAAAAUUUAUUAAACUCUGAUUUAUACACUUGC